CGAGCUGUUCCAUCGGUGGAGUAAAGAUGGCUGACCAAGGCGCCGCAGAUCCUGGUAAUAACAACAAUAAUAAACCCGAAGCCACGGAGGGAACUAUUAUCAAGGUCACAGUGAAAACGCCUAAAGACAAAGAAGAAAUCGCCAUCGCAGAAGAUGCCUCAGUCACUCAGUUUAAAGAAGAGAUCUCGAGGCGGUUUAAAGCCAAACAGGACCAGUUGGUUCUGAUUUUUGCAGGGAAGAUCUUGAAGGAUGGCGACAGCCUCAGCCAGCACGGCAUCAAAGACGGCCUGACGGUUCACCUAGUCAUAAAGACAGCACACAAGGCGGGAGAUGGCGCUAGCACCUCAGCCUCUAGCUCCACCUCCACUCAAACAGGCAGCACGUCCACCUCGAGUCCAGGCACCAACCCCCCCCCUACAACGGGCCCUGCCGGCUCCGCCCCACCACCCACACAGACCCCCAACAUACUGACUGGCUUCGGUGACCUGGCAGGCCUGGCUGGACUGGGCAUGGGCUCGUCUAACUUCAUGGAGCUGCAGCAGCAGAUGCAGAGGCAGCUCAUGUCCAACCCGGAGAUGCUUUCUCAAAUCAUGGAAAACCCGCUGGUGCAGAACAUGAUGUCCAACCCGGACCUGAUGAGACAGAUGAUCAUGGCCAAUCCUCAGAUGCAGCAGCUGAUGGAGCGCAACCCCGAGAUCUCCCACAUGCUCAACAACCCCGAGCUCAUGAGACAGACCAUGGAGCUAGCCAGGAACCCAGCCAUGAUGCAGGAAAUGAUGAGGAACCAGGACCGAGCUCUGAGCAACUUGGAGAGCAUCCCAGGAGGUUAUAAUGCUUUGCGGAGGAUGUACACAGACAUCCAGGAGCCCAUGUUCAGCGCUGCCAGGGAACAGUUUGGUAGCAACCCGUUCUCAGCUCUAGGCGGCAACUCUGAAUCCGGCGCCCAGCCGUCACGGACAGAGAACAGGGAACCCCUCCCAAAUCCAUGGGGGCCACCAAAUUCCUCUAAUCCAUCUGAGAGUGCGGGAGGAACCACAGGAAAUACGAGCAGCACUGCAGGCACCAACCCCAGUGUGUCCAACCCUCUGGGCAUCAAUGCUGGGAGUCUGGGAAAUGGCAUGUUUAACAGCCCGGGCAUGCAGAGUUUAAUGCAGCAGAUUUCAGAAAACCCUCAGUUGAUGCAGAACAUGCUGUCUGCUCCCUACAUGCGCAGCAUGAUGCAGUCACUGUCUCAAAACCCAGAGUUAGCCUCCCAGGUUUUGAUGAAUAAUCCCUUGUUUGCUGGAAACCCACAGCUGCAGGAGCAGUUCAGAGCCCAGUUGCCUAUCUUUUUGCAGCAGAUGCAGAACCCGGAGGCGCUGUCGGUGAUGACCAACCCUCGGGCCAUGCAGGCGCUCAUGCAGAUCCAGCAGGGCUUACAGACGCUGCAGACGGAAGCGCCGGGCCUCAUGCCCAGGCGGGGGCCUAGCUUGAUGUCGGGUGGAAUACCUGGCAUACCAACAGGAGGCGGCGUGCCUGCCGAGAACCCGGCCUCCUCGCCCAGCAGCGCCGGAACGAACGCCGCGCAGCAGCAGCUGAUGCAGCAGAUGCUCCAGAUGUUUGCCGGAGGAGGCGGAGGAGGAAGCGCAACGACCCAGACCCCAGAAGUCCGGUUCCAGUCCCAGCUGGACCAGCUGAACGCCAUGGGCUUCAUCAACCGCGAGGCCAACCUGCAGGCCCUCAUCGCUACUGGAGGAGACAUCAACGCCGCUAUUGAGAGAUUGCUAGGCUCACAGCCCUCGUAAAGACAUGCAGUACAUACUGACACACCGACGUGCGCGUACAAACAUACCUAACUCAUAAAGACACCCAGCAUCCACAGAGAUCCCAGAGAAAUUAAAAUGUAUCGUCCCAAACUUUACAGAAGAAUUUUUGGGCAGGAUCUGUAAGACCCUCAUUCUGCAUCUGUUCUCAGAUCAUCAUCCCCCCCCCCCCCCCUCCUCCCCCCUUCCCCCCAUCCCUGUCUCUCCAUUUUCACUUUUUGGCAUCAUCCAACCAGAUCUCUUUCCCAGAGUGCUGCUGUAGAGUCGUACUGAACUGCUCUCACCUGUUCCGAUGCGGAGAAAAGAAGUGAAAGCCUCUCCUGAAAGAAAAAAAAAAAAAAAAAGGAUUCCCAAACAUUUUAUCCGCUCAUCGUUUUCUUCUCAUUUAACUGGAGUCAAGUUGUUGCAGGCAGAUAUUUACAUGACACAUAUUAAACCCAUGUGAUGUGAUUGGCAGUCGGCUCUGUUUCGUGCGUGCUCACUGUGAGGCGGUCUGUUAGCAUCGAACUAGCGAACGGAUACAUGAAGAUCAUCUGGUAAACAUCCAUCCUCAACACAAGCAGGAAGACUUACUGUCCACACAGAAGUUCAGCCUCAUUCCUCACUCAGUCCCCGUUCUUCACAUUCUUUCUCAAGUUGCUGUUUUGGCCCAACAGCUCUCACUAUUUAUUGCAAGUGCUUAAGAAAACGAAGCCCUCCACACAUUUUUUCCCCCCCCAAGUCAGAAUUUGUCAUUCCAAAUGGAAGUGCCCUCUCACAGGUGCACAUGCUCUUUCUUUUUCUUUUUUUCUUCCUUCUUUUUUUUCUUCCCGAGACACCUUUGCUGUGUCCGCAGCGUUCCACCGGCCUAUAAAACCAUCAUCUAUAUAUUCCAACCCGACUGGGUGGGUUGAUUGGGCAAACGUCACCGAGUAAAUUCCUCUCAUCAGCCAGGUCUUCUGCCAUUAUCGAAUAUCACAUUGCAGCAACUCUGAAACAGAGAGGGCUGUUAGAAUAAAAAUAAAUUAAACAAACUGUUAUCAUUUUAAUCAGAUUUUUUUUUUUUUGGUCUUUUUUUUUUUUUUUUUUUGAGGUGCGACUAGUACCUAGAGAUGAGGAUGAUUUGUCUCACAUGAUAUAAACGUGCAAAUCAAAUGAGUGAAAACAUGAAUUACUUCACAAAAUCUCCUAGUAUGGUGGCACCAUACUUUUCUCAAAUCAUAUUCUAUUUUUUUUUUUUUUUUGGUUUUUGUUUUUUUUUUCCUUUUUAAAUUUUCAGCAUUGUAGUUGUGGUAACCUUGGCAACUGCUUCUAUAGCUUUGCUUCGUCUGUUGACCUCAGCUGAAGAAAA